CUGCUGGAGGCAGCGAAUCGUAAUCGUUCGUUGCAGCUCUCGUGGCAGGAUCGGUCGUUGCGCAAAGAGUACGCUCUCACGCAGAGAUUGCAGCGAGCCGCCUUUCACGGUUUCUUUGCCGCGCAAGCAAUGCAGGUUAAGGCUCAACUUUUAUUGGUCAUUGAGGUUGGCCACUGAGAUCGAAGAGGGGCUCCCGUGAAAGAACAGGGGAAAAUGAAGGGAAAACAAGUAGAGAGGUGCGGGGUCCCUCCCGUUCAGAGUCUGUAACCAAUGAAUGCUGACCUUUAAGCAGGGUUGGAGACACGACCGCGAGGCGUUUACGCAGCGCGUCCUGCGUCGCAGCGUGCAGGUGAAGGGCCUCAGCCUUCACCAUCUUGCAGCCGCUUUACUUGCUGCCGGGACGCAACAGGCCGCACGAGGAACCGGCAUCGACGCGGCCACUGGAGGAAUGUCUGCGUGUGCCAACCUUGAUCAUGGAACACAGGAUGCGUCGCCACAGAUAAUCGUCCCACACAGUCGAGUCAAAGUGUCUCUAUAUAGUUUCGGAGGAGCUAACGGUGGUGCGCGUGAGACGGUUAACAGGAAUGAACAUGAGGCCGUGGAGGAAAUUUCUAUUGACGAAGCGGUUACCGAGUCUGUCCGCACCACAGAAACUCAGACUAGGGUGCUAGAGAAUGCCACAGCUACGCACUUUUUUGAGACGUGCAUGCAGUUAGCAGCAGCGCGCCACGCUGCGCGUGAGUCUCGAUCAGAUGGUCAAGUAGUCGGCGAAGACAAGAUGGUUCGGCAUCUGAACCAACUCCCGAGUCUAAUUUUAGCGGACCAAAGCAGUGCUCGAGAGCCUGCAGAAAGGGAUCUCAUGGACCGUGUGUGGAAAGGCUUUAAGGAGGAAAAGACCUGGUACUAUCUGCUCUUGGAAGUUUUCGAUGAAAUUUUCGCAAGUAGUUCUCCAGUAGGAACCUCCCUGACGUCAUCCACAACUAGUACAGAGGGUUAUGGGAGGACGACUGAUGGAAACGGCAGGAGGAAAACAACAGUCGGGAACACGGAAAACAGCAACGCAAGCAAGCCAACACAAGCUCCUGUGAAUCGAGCCUAUUUCUCUGCACCUGGAUUUGAGCGCAUUCCAGAGGAGUCACACGAUGGGGUGACGCGACUGCUGCGUCAUUUUUUUCUGGACCUUCACACGGAUGUGGGCAGUGUGCAGAAGCUAGAGGCACAUAGCACCAUUUGGUUGCGACGUCGGCAGCUAGCAAGAAAACUACUUGGCAGAAGGAGAAAGCGCGAUCAACCAGAAAGAUACGUCUCCUCGACGCAAUCUCGGGAGCCCAGUUUCGCUCUUGGGCAUACGAGUACUUCUCGCCAUGAUACCUUCUCGGAGCAUGCCAAGCGCGCGGCAGUUGCACAGAGGAGGGACACUGACGCUCGGUUACAGUGGCUUCUGGAGUCACCUCAGGGACUAGAAAGCAUGGCAGACUCCGAACUCCUGGCGCUCGAGGCGCGGCUAGACGCCGCAACGGAUGGUGGGUCGCUGAGCAUCGACGAUUUAGUAAUCGAUCUAGAUGAAGUGGAUUCAGCUAACGCAGGUGGUGCUGGCGGCGGCGUCGUUUUAGAGGAAGAUGUUGGAGCAAGGGGUAGCUCUGUGGACGACAUGAGUCCCAAGGGAGACCAAGAGUCCAACAAGAAGCGUUCUCGUGAGGACGAAGAGGAAGAACAGGUGUCUAGUGAUGAUGACUGUGUCAUUAUUGGUGAGUCGGGUCC